AUGCCCCCGUGUCCUCCCCAGCAGAGCAGGAACAGGGUGACACAGCUGCCUACUCUGGAGCCUGGUGAGAUGGAAUUGACUUGGCAAGAGAUCAUGUCCAUCACUGAGCUGCAGGGCCUAAAUGUUCCAAGUGAGCCAUCGUUUGAGCCCCCAGCCCCCUACUCUGGGCCCCCACCACCUGUAACUUACUGCCCUUGCUCAGUUCAUCCUGAUGCUGGUUUCCCUCUUCCUCCUCCACCCUUUGAGCUCCCAGCACCUGCAUCCCAUGUCCCAGACCCUCCAUAUUCCUAUGGCAACAUGGCCAUACCAGUAUCUAAGCCAUUGACCCUCUCAGGCUUGCUUAGUGAGCCCCUUUCAGACCCCUUGGCCCUACUGGACAUUGGGCUGCCUGCAGAGACACCCAAGCCUCAAGAAGACCCAGAAUCAGACUCGGGACUAUCCCUCAACUAUAGUGAUGCUGAAUCUCUUGAGUUGGAGGGGACGGAGGCUGGACGGCGGCGCAAUGAGUAUGUAGAGAUGUACCCAGUGGAGUACCCCUAUUCACUUAUGUCCAAUCCCUUAACCCAUCCCAACUAUUCUUUGCCACCUACGGAGACCCCCUUGGCCUUAGAGCCUUCUUCAGGCCCUGUGAGAGCCAAGUCCAGUGUACGGGGGGAGUCAGGGAGUCGGGAUGAGCGCCGGGCCCUGGCCAUGAAGAUUCCUUUCCCCACGGAUAAGAUUGUCAACUUGCCAGUAGAUGACUUUAACGAACUGUUGGCAAGGUACCCACUGACGGACAGCCAACUGGCAUUAGUCAGGGACAUCCGAAGGCGGGGCAAGAACAAGGUUGCUGCCCAGAACUGCCGCAAGAGAAAGCUAGAGACCAUCGUGCAGCUGGAGCGGGAACUGGAACGGCUGGGCAAUGAGCGUGAGCGCCUUCUCAGGGCCCGUGGGGAGGCAGACCGGACCCUGGAGGCCAUGCGGCAUCAGUUGACUGAGCUGUACCGGGACAUUUUCCAGCAUCUUCGGGAUGGAGCUGGCAAUAGCUACUCUCCUGAGGAGUAUGCCCUGCAACAGGCUGCCGAUGGGGCUAUCUUCCUGGUGCCCAGGGGGACCAAAAUGGAGAACACAGACUGA